AUGUUCAGCUCAAAACCCGUCAUAAGCUCCAGAUCAGAUUCUGCCCUCUCCCUGAUCCCCGCUUCAUCGUGGGACGCCCACAUGCACAUCUUCUCCCCCGACGCGUUGCCGGCAUCGAAACUCGCUUCCCUCCCUUACACUCCUCCUGAAGCGACCAUUCCUCAAGCCAUCGACGUCCUGGAGAAGAUCGGGAAAGGGCUGAGGAUGUGCGUGGUCCAGCCGAGCGUCUAUGGGACCGAUAACGAGGUCACUAUCGGGGGUGUCGAGGCGCUGGGCAAGAUGCCUCGAGCAUCAGAGGAUGAGGGCGAUAGCCAUGAUACGGUCGGAGCUUGGAGAGGAUGUGCGGUGGUCGAGCUCGAUGUCAAGAACACUUCCGGAGAGAUGUUGCAGACGUACCAUGAACGUGGAGUGAGGGGUGUUCGUAUCAACCUGAAAUCCCGAGGCUCUACGCCCUCCGCGCCUCUCCUUCGCCAGACCUUGCGGGAAUACGCCGAGCUCGUGAAGCCUUAUGGAUGGGUCUUGCAGGUUUAUCUGGGUAUGGGGAUGUUAGAUCCUCUCGCAGAAGGGGGCUGGGACUGGGUGAAAGAGCUCGGGUUGCCCGUUGUGAUCGACCACUUUGCCCACCCUUCCAUUCCCACUCCCGUGCCCAACUCUGAUUCUCUACACGAGAUCCCAGGCUACUCUUCAUUUCUCUCCCUCUACCGUCAGCCAGGAUCGAACGUCUACGUGAAGAUCUCUGGCCAGUACCGGAUCGUCCCUCCCAAUACCGACGGUACCAAGAACGACAACGACCCCGGAAUGUCAGCCCUCAAGAACAUGUUCUUCGAGCUCCUCCAGAUCGACCCCACUCGAUUGGUAUGGGGCUCAGAUUGGCCGCAUACUCGGUUUGAAGGGAUCGACACGGUCGGAUGGGCUAGGACGGUUGUCAGGUGGUGUCAAGAGUAUGCCGCGCGACCGCUGGGCGAAGCGGAUGUACAGGCGGUAGACGAGGGAGAGGUGAAGAAGAGGGCGAAGAGGUUGGUAGAGAUGGUCUUCAAGACGAACGCCGACGAGUUGUGGUUGGGAAGGGACAGGGUAAAACCCUCGUCUCGUGAACCAAUUAUCGAGGGCGAGGAGCGCCAACGAUAG